CUCGUAGUUCCACCAAUCAAUCAUUCAUUCAUUCCAAGGAGGGAUCGCUCUCUUUCUCACUCCCUCUUCUCUCUCCUCUCGCACCCUCAAAGGUUCUGUUCUCUGAAGGAAUACCUGUGCUGGCACUUGCACUUUGGUUUGAUUCCAUCCUUUGCUCUGAGUUGCAAAUCUGAUAAUUCAGUUAAUUGUUAAUUCUUCCUCAGUGACAGAACAAAAGAGAGUGCGGGUUCCUUUGUACUGAUGGCCACUAAUGAAAAUCUUCCGCCAAAUGUAAUAAAGCAACUUGCCAAGGAGUUGAAAAAUCUUGAUGAAUCCCCUCCGGAGGGCAUUAAAGUCAUGGUAAAUGAUGAUGAUUUUUCAAUAAUAUAUGCUGACAUUGAAGGCCCAGCUGGGACACCUUAUGAUAAUGGAGUUUUCCGCAUGAAGUUGCUUCUGUCCCGUGAUUUUCCUCACUCUCCACCUAAAGGUUUUUUCCUGACUAAGAUUUUCCAUCCAAAUAUUGCAAUCAAUGGAGAGAUUUGUGUCAACACACUUAAAAAGGAUUGGAAUCCUAGCCUUGGGUUACGGCAUGUUCUUAUUGUUGUUAGGUGUCUAUUGAUUGAACCAUUUCCAGAAUCAGCUCUAAAUGAACAGGCUGGCAAACUACUGCUUGAAAAUUAUGAGGAGUAUGCUAGACAUGCCAGGCUUUAUACAGGAAUCCAUGCAAAACCGAAGCCCAAGUUUAAAAGUGGAGCUAUAUCUGAAUCAACGACUGCUCUUAAUGUUGAUCAGACUAACACCUCAGUGCUUAGUGCUGACAUUAAAACUGCACCACCAAGUGUUGCGGUGUCGCCGUUGCCCUCAACCACUGCAACAAGAGGAAACAGUCAGGAACAGGCAGCGGUUGUUAUGAACGAGACGGUUGUUAAUGGUUCUAGUGCUGCUGCAGUAGUUUCUGCUGCUUCUGUACCACUAAAGAAGGAAGGUGGACAAGCAAAAGCUCAGGCAGACAAGAAGAAGAUAGAUGCUAGAAAGAAAAGUUUGAAAAGAUUGUGAUGAAGUUGUUCAAUAAUUGAACUUUGUAUUUGUGGCUUAGUGUUGCAAUUUGAUAGAGAGAAAAAAAAAGGGAAGGGGGAGGGGAAAUGUGGGUUCAAUAUUUGUUUCAUAAUGAAUAAUUGACUUUGGGAGUAAAUGGAUGAAAUUUGAACUGUGUUGUCUUUGAACUUGUGUUAUCCUCAGUUGCACUCAACCUUUGGUAAUA